AUGGCAACUGCUCUCGGAUCACAUUGCCCACGCACUGGCGGUACAGAUAGAUUCGCAGCAGCGACCCCCAAGGUCCUCUUACACGAAAGGGGACGGAAACGCACCUUUGCAGAUCAUUCUUUCCAGAAAAACGUGGUCUGUCGCUCUCUGUCUUUCUCUCCCCACUGCACGCGUUCAACGAAACCCCGUUGCAUUUCGUCUGCCCAUCCCGCAGCCCGCUCAUCAAUGUCGAUCCGGCAGCAGCCAGCCACCGGCCGCCGAGAAAUAAAGCGGGCUAUCGCCCUCCGCUCUUGCCCCUCCCUUGCCCUCACCUGCGAGUCCCUCUUCUUCUUCUUCCCCUCCAAGCGCAAGACUGCGCAGUAG